UGGGCCGGGACUCCUUCGUCGUCCCCAACUCCUCCUAGUCCCUCCAAUCCCCAGUCGAAGCGCCGCCGCGAGCGAACCCCGACCCCGCCGGCGGCCAUGGCCGACGAGGAGGAGCCGCCCGUCCUGCUCGACCGUGCCGCGCGAACCACCCGAGGAAAGAGGAUAACGAAGCUCGUCGAGGAGGAGGUCGAGCAAGACGAGGUCUUCUGGGGCCAAGAAGCCCUCAAGGAGGACGAGGAGGAUGAUAACUACCAGGAGGAGCAGGAUGCUGGUGACGAAUUCGACAGUGAUUUCGGUGAAGAUGAACCUGAGCCUGACGACGACCCAGAGAGGGAAGCACGUGAGGAAAGAUUACCUAUUAAGAAGCGGUUGGUUUUCCCUGGGAAGACCAUGAAAAAGAUGAAAGCCAGCAAGAAGAAGAAGAAGGUCGUCAUCAAACUUGAAGACGAAGGUGUAAUCGACAAUGAUUCUGGUAAAGCGACCGCUUCCAAACGAUCGGACGCUCCUGAUGAAUGGGAGUCUGAGAAGACGGUCAGGAAAUCGACCAGAACGUCCGUCAUUGUCAGACAAGCUGAAAGAGAAGCAAUACGUGCUGAAAAACAGGCAACAGCUAAGCCAGUUAAGAAGAGAAAAGAGGGAGAAGAAAAACGAAUGACACAAGAAGAGAUGCUCUUAGAAGCAGCUGAGACAGAGAUUAUGAACAUGAGAAAUCUUGAACGUGUACUGGCAAGAGAGGAGGAGGUGAAGAAAAAGGCUGUUGUUCAGAAAGCCGUUUAUGGUGGUCCUACUGUUAGAUUUUACUCGAGAGAUGGGGAAUCGCACCUCGAAUUCGUUAACGGGGCGUCAUUUGGGUCUGAACUCUGUACGACUUCAACUCCUUAUCCUGAGAAAUCUGUUUGUGCUAUAACAGGACUUCCUGCCAAGUACCGUGAUCCAAAGACAGGAUUACCUUAUGCAACAAUGGCAGCAUUUAAAACCAUCCGUGAGCGUUACCUGAAAGAAGAACCCGAUAAAAAGAGGCCAAACAUGUCUAAUAUGGGUGAACUCUUCGAAUCAGUAAGCAGCGAAAAUUCUACGCCUAAGAAGAGAAGAAUCGAGGCAAGAUCACCAUUAUCAGGAGACCUAAGGCACGGCGGGCGCUUCCGACGAAAACCUGCUCUUGAUAUGAUGGACGAGGACUAACAUGUGUGGUUGCAUGUGUUGCCGUGUUAGAAUUAGAAACAGUGCAAUGACAUGAUGUGUUCUUGAUACAGCGUGUAGUUGGUCACAACUCACAAACGAAUGACAUGUUGUAAUCAGAAUACUUCUAUCAAGUAAAUGGCCUCUUGGAUUAUAGGCAUCCUUUUUCCAUUA